GGAUUGAUGGGUGGUUACCUUACGCAAGGCAGAACAUCUGGGAACGCAGUGGAUUGUUUGAGGGCGACAUCAUGGAAGACACCAGGGAGGUGGUUCGCAACGGCCAAAUAGACAACCGAUUCCUCUGGCCAGGUGGAGAAGUUCCGUUUGUCAUCAGUCCGGUUUUCAGAAAUUCAGAAAGGGAAGUUAUCCUGGGUGCGAUGAACGAGAUCAAGAGGAAGACCUGCGUUUCCUUCAGGCCUCGAUCCUCAAGAGAUACCGACUACCUGACUAUAGGGGACGACCGGUCGAAGCCUGGCUGUUGGUCGUUCGUAGGUCGCAAGGGGAACGACCAACACCUGAAUUUGCGGCGACCGUGGUGCCUAGAACACAGUGUCGUGGUCCACGAACUGCUUCACUCGCUUGGACUCUUCCACCAGCAGAGCGCCUCGAACAGAGAUGAUUAUGUUCAGAUACACUGGCAGAACAUCGAGCAUGGACAAGAGGACAACUUUGAAAAACAGGACCCAUCGACAGUAGCCAGCUACGGAGUCCCGUACGACUACAACAGCAUCAUGCACUACGGCACACACGCCUUCAGCCGCAACAGAGAACCGACCAUCACACCCUUGAAGGAAGGAGUUGAAAUAGGGGUGCGAAAAAACUUGAGCAGAGGAGACGUGGCAAAAAUCAACAUCAUGUACAACUGUAACUCUUCCGGCUGA